AUGAUGUCAUUGGCUUUUUCUGAGUUAAAGCAGCUAACAUUAAUUAUGGUUAAGAUGAAAAUUGAGAAAAAUGAACUUCAUGUAAUAUAUAUAGAUGAUACUGCUAGUAUCGAUAUCCGCUUACUACCGUCGGAAAUAUAUGAAUAUAAAGUGUCAGUGAUGGCUCUUUGUGCUGGUCGUUUACCCUUCCCGAAACUUACGAUUCGAAUCGGAUUGGAAAGGCGGAGUUGCCGAACUGACCGAACAACAUCGAAGGAAGAAGGAAGGCAGAGGGAGCAAGAGCAACACCCUUUGAGCCACGCCACACCAACACCCCCACCAGCAUCACCAGUAUCACCACCACCACCACCAGGUUUCGGUGCUGGUGGUUCGGCCGAAUACCUGAUAAUACGUACUACCAGUUGCCGGGUGUCGACCCGUUCAGGCAUUCCAGCAGUUACGGGAGGGGCAAUUCGAAGAAUGACGUUGCUUGCUGCAUCGAUACACUCGAUAUUCCUAGCACUGAGCUUCUGUAGCCCAUCGACACAUGGAACUACCGCUUGGCAUUAUCAUAGCAAUCACAGUUGUCACGGUUGUUCAGAGGCGAGGGAUGAAUUGGCUAAGAUACGCUUGGAAAUAAUUAAACGUGAAAUUCUGGAAAAGCUCGGUUUGGAUGCACCACCACAAGUACGACCACAGGAUGGUUUCCCAACAAUUCCACAGGUUGCCAAGUAUUUGAAGUACCAGUUGCGACAUGACUCAGCAACCUCUCCUGUGCAUACAUCAUUUCUGGCCGACGAAUUGAUGAUACCUGAGCGCAAAGCAGAGCGAACGAUCAUAUUGGCCGAACGGACACCAGCACGUUUCAACUUAAACCCGAAUCAAGUUCUUGCACACUUUAAGUUUUCCGAUGAGCUGAUGUCGAAGCUGUUGCUAUCUGCUGUACUCAACAUAUAUCUUCGGAAACCAACGAAGCUUCAUCCCGACUCGCGUAUUGCUGCAGUUCAAGUGCUGGUCAAGGAAGUCGUCAAGAAUAACUCGGGUGUUGGGAUGACUUGUCUUCUGCAAAAAUUUGUAACACAUCUCCCUUCCUUCUGA